AUGGGUCAAGGACAAGGCGUACUUGGCGAGCUGAGUUCCACUCAGCUAUUUCUGAAAAUAGAACGACGGUACGAAGGAUCGACGGGAACGGAGGCGUGCAAACGGUCUGGGGAGAACGGCGAGCGAUUUCAGAGAUCAUUGAAGCGCCUCAACAUGGCCGCUGUGGAAGCUUCACAUCAAGAAGAGCAGGGAAAGGAGGAGUUGACCAUGUUAUCCAGCUUUCGCAGACGCUUGUAUCGCUGGCUUGCGCGAAUUGUAGGGAGGAGCGUCCGGUCGAGUAUGCAAUUGAUGCGUUUUAACCAACAUUCCCCUCGGUCCGAAAUUGAUUGGACACCAUCAGCCACAAGGCUCUCACUCUCGUACUGCGCCCCAAGGCAGAUCCACGAACCCGCCGCACACAGGCGAUUGUCCACAGAGGGUUUAGGGCGACUGAAACCAAAGGGGCAAUAG